AUGGCCACCAUCUUCCAAGAAGCUGAGACGGUCAUCCUGUGGUUGGGACCUGCCGCCUCGAAUUCGGACCAGAUAAUCAGUUCCAUGAAUGGUGUGAAAAAGUUGAAUGUGGGCGGGAACUUCUGGGUGCAACACUAUUUUGGUCAACCGAGUGAAAGGAAGAGGCUCAACUUUAAACAAGACUUUGGUGACUUCCUCCGACGCGAAUACUGGACCCGAUGCUGGGUUGUGCAAGAGAUUGCCGUUGCCUCAAGGAUCAAGGCCUUCUGUGGCAACAGCAGCUUGGACGGCGGUCACAUGCUGCAUCUUUGGAACAUCCGUUCGCUCCUCCGAAGCCGGCAGCCUCAGGAUCUCUUGAGCCUACUAUGGGAGCUCCGUGCAUGUCAGACCAUCGAGGUACUGGAUCGGGUCUACGCCAUUCUUGGUCUGGUGUAUGACCAGCGAGCCUUUGUGGCAGAGCCUGACUACACUUUGACGGCGGAUGAGCUCUCAUUGGUUAUGACAAAACGGUUUAUCAAAACCACAGGCUCUCUAGACUUGCUCUUGAUACCUGCCACUGCAGGGUUCCGUCGCUCUGACAGCUCGCCAUCAUGGUCAGGUCUCCUGGUGCAGUUCAGUGAAUGGGCCAAGUGUCUCAACGUAGGGUCCAUAGUGGACUAUAUCAAUGGCAAGGUUAACAGACUGCGCUGUGGCACUCUGGGACACCGUUGGCAUACCACAAACUCCAGCCUUGUCACGAAAGACAGCAUGAGGCUACAAGGGCAAGCCUUGAGUGUGGUGGGCUUGCGGAUUGGAGAACUGACGGGAUUAUGCACCCUCAAUGACAAUGAGGGCGAUUUUCUAUCUAGUUCGAAGCUCCUUGACGUGUUUGACUCGUUUUGUCGCAUCCUAAUGAGCCACAGUCACUUAUACAACGACAACAGUCGAAUGAAGAGCGUUGUUGCUCAUCUGGACGCAUGCACCCAUGAGUCGCAGCUAUUCCUGGUACGUGCGUCAAUCGUACAGGAUACAGACCCGUGGCUACACUUCGGUUCCUCCUUCGAUCCCAUCAUCAGAGACCUGAUAGGAAUUGCGAAGGCUAUCGUCACUACCGAGGACAUAGCGAAACCUUCUGUCGAAGAUCUGCAGCACGGGUGCAAAGUUCUUUUGAAAUUGAUCGAAGAUGACAAGUUCAACAACUUUCACUUGGCCGGUCCAACAUGCGUUACACUGGACGGCUAG